AUGGCCUGCAACUUGAAGCAGAUAAUCAUUCGCCAUUUCGUCGAGCAUUACUACAGCUUGAUUCUUCUUCCAAACUGCCACCCUGGAUUUUACGAUGGAUGGCUUAACGAGAUACAGGAUUUGAUGGUGCAUCACAAGAGUCUUUUUUAUUCAGUCCUGGCCUGUGCUGCAUCUCAUCUCCACUUUAUUGACGGCUCCUCGCAAAUGCAUCACCUCGCGCUUACCUGUUAUUCAACCUCGCUCAAAGAGGUCUCACAUCUGUUAGCAAAGACCAGCCGUCUGGAAAAUCACAACGGCCUCCUGAUGUCCGUAAUGUUACUCUAUUUACAUGGUGUACGUUUCCCUGUUCAUGUCCUGAUCAUCGAGGUUCAGUGCAUCGGCUGUGAUACAAUUGCAGAUAUACCUUGUCAUGUCAACGCUGCAGCACGCAUUCUUGCAAUGAGACUGUUCCGCCGCUCCAUAAAUAUCAAUGGACUAUUUGACAGGCUAGCUAUCGAAAGUGUUCUCUAUCAAACCUUUCUUGUUAUGACCGGAUUAUGGUCAGAGCCUACUCGAUUAGAUUUCCACUUUGACCCACGCUUCUGGAUGAAAGCCGAGAAACUACUGACCCAGUCAACAUGUUUUCCGGAAGGGUCAACCAGCUUGAAUAGUCCUGUUCUCGGGGUCCCCGUUUCAUUCUUUAGGCUUGGGAUAUUACUCCGCCAGCAAUAUCUAGAUUCAUUGCCCAGAAAGUCAGCUAUCAUUGAUCAGCUGCAGCCCGAGGUCAAGGCUUGGCAAGCAACAUUGUUUUAUAACUAUCGAACUCGGAUCAAUGACAACUAUGACAAAUUCAUCAGUGAGGAAACAUAUUACAGGGACGCAUCAUAUUUAUACAUCAUCAUUAUCUCAGUGCUGUUGGAGCAACUUUCAAGAAUGGAGACAACUAUCGGACCUACUCCAAUGGAGUCGAGCGACUGUUGGCAAAUCAACACGGCAGUUGAGAUUCUUCAAAGUCAUCGAUUCGAUACUGGAUGGUCCCGGUGUUUUAUUGGAAACUGGCCAGUUUAUACUCUUGGCUUUCUAAUUAGUUCUCCUGAAGAUAAGAAGUUGGUUCUAGCUGAUUUGGAAAACAGAUGGGACAAACAAAGAUCUACGCAAGUGAAUCGCUUCAAAAUUGACUUGGAAAAUACUUGGGCUUCGCGAAAAGAGUAUUCGAGUAUUGAUUAGUACAGCAAUAGCAAUGUUGGUCAUAUUCACUUAUAUGAGGUGUUAAUUAUGAGUUAAAGCUAGACCAGUGAAAGCAUUUUUACCGCUAAAGAUGACGGUCUUGUU